AUGUGCACAUACCAUUUCAAUAUUGAAAACUCCAAUCAUUUGUCAAAAACUGUCGUAGUCUUUCCAAUUGUCUAUUGGCAUCUCUGAGUAUCAGCUUAUUGAAGUCAUUUGGAGGGCAAUAAUAAUGCUUGUUACUGUUUCAAUAAUUACUUGUCUUUUGAUUGGAACUUUACUGCUGUAUUCUUCUUUAAAAAUGUUUCCGAUGUAUCCGAUAGGGGAAACUUGCUGAAUCGACUUAAUUAG